AGAAAAUGGAUUGUGCAAAAGAGAAGGAGACAGAGGUCUUCCAACAAGAAUAUGAACUCAGUAAGGAAUCAAUACGAUCAAAGAAGAUAUUUCGAAAGAAUACUGCCAUUAUGCCAGAAAUCAAUAAAAGAUAUUGCUUCAAUGAUGACUUCUCUUGAAUGGAUAGAGAGAUCAAUAUGCUUUCUUAUGUGAAUAAAGCAGUCUUAGAUCUCAGUUUUUCGAACCCGCUCCGAUACUUCAUAUACUUUUGGAAGAGGAUCAAGCCCAAAGCCAAAAUUUGGCAUCUUCAAAUAAUCUAUUACAAAGAUAGUCAAAACUUACAGAACAAGUAUAGCAUUGCUUCAAAAUGAAAGCCAUUGAUGAAUAAGCUUAUUCUACAAACUACAACAUGUAUUACCUUAGAAAGAUGAACCUUAGACUCUAAAAAUACCACAAGACUGUUCAUCGCAGCCUCUGCGAUUCCUGAGAUGGUUUUUGACUCGUGAAUGCUAGAUUUUACUAACUUCACCUUGAAGAAUGUUAAUCCCGAUAUCCCUUUUAAGCAAAGGGCGCUAUCAUUUAUAAAUAGGAAAGCUCAUCAAUUUGAAUCUUUCUUAGUAACUAUCUGUCAGACUAAGCUAAAGAAAUCUCUAAAAACCCUAUCACUAAUCAUGGAUGAGUUCAAAAUCACUAAAGCCAAGGAAAUACUUGAAAAACACGGACUUCCUUGCAAACUAAACCAGCCAUGGUUAAUAUUCCAAACCGAAGAAACUAAAUUCGUCAAGAAACCAGAUAAUUCAAAGAGAAAAUGAAUCAUUCAAUAAUCAAAA